CACAAACAAACAUGUCGGAUGCAUUGAGGGCGGCAUUUACAUCGGUAACAAAGACUGUUUUUCCUUCGUCACGUUCGAUACGAAACCAUCAGCGACAUCAUUUGGUGAGCACAGGAAAUGAAAUUGUAUCUAACUUGGCCCUGCAGAUGUCAUUGUACUUCAAUGUGUAUUUUUCCCCUUGUUGGUACAUAACAUGCAUUGUCAUGCUGGUAGCAAAGUAUCAAAAGUUGGACUCAGUAUACAAGUUCAUUACAAUUGUCAUUUACAUUGCCAUGGCACUAGUGGAGAUUGCUAGACUUUACUUGGGAUAUGCUGGAAAUCUUCAAGAAAAGGUUCCUGAGCUUGCUGGUUUCUGGAUCUUGACCCUUGUCCUUCAGCUCCCAUUGACACUAAUGCUAUUGCUUAAUGAGAGCAUGUUGAUCAUGCCAAUGGAGAGAGCUGUCAACAUUAUUAUGGCACUAUUUGUUUUGUUUGAGACAGUUCAGGGCUACAGGGUGAUAAAAACAAUGAUAGACCACCAGGUUUCAAAGUUUCAUGUACAGCAGUUUGAUGACUUAAUUGAGCUUCAAGAAAUGCCAGGUGGGGUUGAAGACGUGGGUUUUAGACCUCAGUAAACCUCAAAAGCUAUUUUAAAUUAUGAAGUAUGGUAGGCUUUUUUCACAUGAAAGGGUCAUCAGUAUUAAAUGCAGUAUUUAUUUUUGGUGUAUGUUAAAUGUAUAUAUUAGAUUAAUGUUAGAUUAAGUCUAAAUUUAUUCUAGCUUUUAACUUGCAGUUGCAGUAUUAAAUUGAAAGAAAAGUUACCUUCAUAUGUAUUACAUUUGCUUAUAAAUGAAUUGGGGUAUUUCCAUGGAUUUCCAUGCCUGAGAAAAGCCAUAACUGUGCACAUGUAAAAUUAUAACAUUUUUGUGAUGUGUUGAAUAUUGCCAAAAAGCCACUGACACAUCACUCGCCUUACAUACCAUGCUGUCAGGCUGUUGAAUGAAUGGUAAAGUGUUCACCAUUCUCACUGGUUUUCUUUCAUUAAUUAAGUCAUUCAUUAUUCUCUACGUCUUUCUCAUAGAGCAGGAAGCGAAGUUGUAAAAAUGAAGUAAACCACCUCCUUAUCUUUUUAUUGCCCCUAAUUUCUCAUCUAUCUUCAUCAGAAAAAUUUGACUUCUGCAAUCCUUACCCUUCUCCGUUUAAAUUGCUUCAUUACUUUUCCAAAUUAGUCAGCCCCAUUAGUAAUUUGAAAAUGUUAACAGGUCCAAGAGGCUCAUUUUAUUUUAAUAAAACACUAUUUGACAAAGUUUACAAUAAGGAAAAGUGUUAAAAACUCCCAAAUAAACCAUAACUUAUUCAAUAGUGGGGGUGCAAUUGAAUUGCAACAAUUUUGCACCCCCUGAGAUUUAUCAAAAGCAUAUGGGCUUCCAGCUCUUUAGAUAAGAUCACAUUUGACACCUUUAAGUUGUUCAUACUCUAGAAGAGCUUAAUUUAUGGUGGAAAGAAAUUGUAUUUUAAGCACGUGCUAAUUAGGUAUGAAAUUUUCAGCAUCUAUUAAUUAGAUAAUUUGAUUAGGCAGGGGAUGUUAAAGAACCCACAUCACGAGCUUACUGUGAUGUGGU